AUGGCGAUGGUGUCUCACGCGCAGACCGUCACCACCAUCACGCCUCCCGCAUCCGCGCAUGGCGAACGCAGCUCCUGGGACUUCGCCGUCCCUAUAAGCCCCGAGAACGUGACCUUCGAUCAUUACAUUUCUAACGAUCUCGCCGGCAAGACCUACUCACCCCGCCAACCGCUCAGUGGUCAACCAAACGGUUUCCCCCGGCCCGCCCAGCACCGCACCAACACCUUUGACUCGGCCCGCUCCAACAAGUCGGGGCAUGUUGACGCUCAUUUUGUACCCAGCCGAUUCGACGUCCAAGCCAGAAAGCCGAGUGGCCAGAACGAGGCGGACAGUCUGCUCGACAUGCAGAGGAACGGAGACAAGCGGAAGGUCUCGAACGGCGCACACUCGAACGAGAAGGACGCCACCGUGCGUGACCAGUCGUACUGGAUCCACCGCGACAAGCUCGCUCAGAUUGAGCGCCAUGAGCUGGAAGAAGCGGGGUUCAUCCCUCGCAACGGCGGAAGGUCGACUAGCAGAGACAGCAGCAGGUCGAGGGCCACAUCCCGCAAGAGGGGCGACACCUCCACCAGCAGGGAUGGCUUGAGUCACUUCUCUGGCGACGAGCCAAAGACACGUAUGGUAUCCCCCAUUCCUGCCGAGGACGAGCCGGAAGAUUACCGACAUUCCAAUGUUGUCACCGACUGGCGCUACCGUGAGGAAAGCAGCGUUGAGAGAGAGAACCAUUCAACAAGGAAGGACCCUCCCAGGCCCGGCACUUCGAGGAUCCCUAUCCCCAAGCAUACUCCAGCGCCGAUCCCAGCCGAGGCUGUCGAAAGAGAAGCACCGCUGCCGCGCAGCCGGAGUGGAAGUCAGGUGUUGGGUGCCACGUCGGGACCUGACGGCAUUGCUUACCGACGGAGGAGGGGUGGCAGUAUUGGAAGCCAGGUGCUUCUGGACGAUGUGUCCGAUCAGGGAAGCUCGAAUAACGGGGACGUCGAUUCUAAGAAGGCCUCGCCCAAAAACGGAUCUCCGAACAAGGCCAAGAUGCCUUCGAGCAAAGUGCCGGCCUCAGGAAAGAGGACGCAGAGCAAGCCACGCACUGGCUCGCAGACCCAAACCAAGUCGAGAACGAACUCUGGUACCAACAACAACGGCCGGCCACGCACCGCCUCACGCCCGACAACCGCUCGCCCGGAGGGAGAGGCGCCCUGGAUUGCGACCAUGUACAAGCCGGAUCCUCGGUUGCCUCCGGAGCAACAGAUGCUUCCAACGCAUGCAAAGCGUAUGGCACAGGAGCAGUGGGAGAAGGAAGGCAAGGUUGGGACUAUUUACGACAAAGACUUCAGACAGCUCAACGAGUACGACUACUCACAACAUCGCCGUUCUACUGGCUCCAUGUCCCCUGUACUUCAGGACCCUGAAGCGGAGCACUACGAGUCCUUGGAAGUCCAGCAAGUCCAGCCGAGGCCCGAGGAGAAGAGAGAGGACAGGAUGGAGGACAGGAAGGAGGAGAAGAAGGAGGAGGAAGUGGUGCAGAAGGCCGUAGAGCCGAGCUCCAACUGGCCCUUGAACGCUUCCCCGAAGGUCGAGCAGAACGGAAGACCUCAGACAGGCACAAAGGAGAACGCAGGGUACAAGAUCACUCCCAGCAUUCCCACCUCGCCUGUUUUACCCAACAUUACUACCACCGUUACGGCCCAGCACAGCCCCAAGCCGGAAACCAUCAGGAUGCCCGAUCCCGACGAGAAGGAAGAGGGCAAGCCUAAGAAGAGCGCUUGCUGCUGUGUGGUCAUGUAA